CUGAGGCAAAGAGGCACAUCUCCUACACACACACUCACACGCGCACACGCACACACACACCCUCUCUCACUGGGAGAGACCCCCCCCCCCCCCCGGAAGGGCCAGGAGGGAGUGGCAGGUGGGAGAAACCAGUCGAAGGGACCGAAGGCCGGAGGAGUCCCCGCGGUCCCAGCCCCUCCGCCGGGCCCCUCCCGGAGAAUCCCUCUCCCAGAGCUUCGCAGCCGCUCGCCGCCCGCGGGGUUGGAGGUGGAGUAGUUCAGAAGCAACUGACGCAGCCCGGAUUUGAGCUUUGCAAACCGCUCGCGGGGAAGGGAAGCAUCUGCCCCUCCCUCCCCACCGCGCGCCCUCGAUCCGCCGCCUGCCCCCUCCCCGCGUGACGUCACCCCAGCCCUGUCCGGGGGAGCCUGCAAAACCUCUCAAAUUCAAACUGCUCCGCGCACUGCCGCCGCCGCCGCCGGAUUGGAAGCGCGCGCCCAGGCUCGGCCGUCGCCGCCGCCGCCGCCGCCCGCCCGCCUGGGCCGGCCGGCUCCCCGACCUCCCUACGCAAUCGCACCCCCGGGUCCCCGGGUCCCCGGGUCCCCGUCGUCUCGGCCUCCCGCCGCUCGGGCCCUCCUCUCCUCCCCUGCGGCCUGCCGGAUUUCUAAUUCCUGCGCACCCCCCCAACCCAGCCAAAUUAAAUCCUCCGGCAGAAAGCAGGGCAUCCCGCCGGAAGCGGCGUCUUCUUUUACCUUGCUCUUCUUCUCUUUCCGAAGAUGCUAAACUACUGGCGGACUGCAGAGGAGAGGGGUUCCGUCUUCUCCUGAUGUUUCAAAAAAAAAAAAAAAGUAAAGCGAUUUCUGCUUCGAGCUAAGACGGGCGAGCCGCCCGAGAUCUCUUCAAGAUCCCCCAGGGGAGGAGGUGAUGGGCUGGAUUUAGUAGGACAACUCGAUUACUAAUGACUCCGCGGCUGGCUGCGCCCCGCCGGGAAAUCAGGUUUGCCUGUAGGUACCUGAACUGACACCGACGGUGCCUAAAGAUGCUGAGCGGCGUUUGGUUCCUCAGUGUGUUAACCGUGGCCGGGAUCUUACAGACGGAGAGCCGCAAAACUGCCAAAGACAUUUGCAAGAUCCGCUGCCUGUGCGAAGAGAAGGAAAACGUCCUGAAUAUUAACUGCGAAAACAAAGGAUUUACAACCGUCAGCCUGCUCCAGCCCCCCCAGUACCGAAUCUACCAGCUUUUCCUCAAUGGAAACCUCCUGACGAGACUGUAUCCUAACGAGUUCGUCAAUUACUCCAACGCCGUGACUCUCCACCUGGGCAACAACGGGCUGCAGGAGAUCCGAACCGGGGCGUUCAGCGGCCUGAAAACCCUCAAGAGACUGCACCUCAACAACAACAAGCUCGAGGUGCUGAGGGAAGACACCUUCCUGGGCCUGGAGAACCUCGAGUACCUCCAGGCCGACUACAAUUACAUCAGCGCCAUCGAGGCAGGGGCCUUCAGCAAACUCAAUAAGCUCAAGGUGCUCAUCCUGAAUGACAACCUUCUGCUGUCCCUGCCCAGCAAUGUGUUCCGCUUCGUCCUGCUGACCCACUUAGACCUGAGAGGGAACAGGCUGAAGGUGAUGCCUUUCGCUGGCGUCCUUGAGCACAUCGGCGGGAUCAUGGAGAUCCAGCUGGAGGAGAACCCAUGGAACUGCACUUGUGACUUGCUUCCUCUCAAGGCUUGGCUGGACACCAUAACCGUGUUCGUCGGGGAGAUAGUCUGUGAGACUCCCUUCCGGCUGCACGGGAAAGACGUGACCCAGCUGACCAGGCAAGAUCUCUGUCCCAGAAAAAGUACCGGCGACUCCGGUCAGAGGGGCGGCCAUGGCGACACGCACGUCCAAAGGCUGUCGCCCACCGUGAAUCCCGCUCUCAACCCAACCAGGGCUCCCAAAGCCAGCCGACCCCCCAAAAUACGAAAUCGCCCGACUCCCCGGGUCACCGUGUCAAAGGACAGGCAGAGCUUCGGACCGAUCAUGGUGUACCAGACCAAGUCCCCUGUGCCUCUCACCUGCCCCAGCAGCUGCGUCUGUACCUCUCAGAGCUCAGACAACGGUCUCAACGUAAAUUGCCAAGAAAGGAAGUUCACGAACAUCUCCGACCUGCAGCCCAAGCCUACCAGUCCAAAGAAGCUCUACCUGACAGGGAACUAUCUUCAAACUGUCUACAAGAACGACCUCCUAGAAUACAGUUCUUUGGACUUGUUGCAUUUAGGGAACAACAGGAUCGCGGUCAUUCAGGAAGGUGCCUUCACAAACCUGACCAGUUUACGCAGACUUUACCUGAAUGGCAAUUACCUUGAAGUGCUGUACCCUUCGAUGUUUGACGGACUGCAGAGCUUGCAGUAUCUCUAUUUAGAGUACAACGUCAUCAAGGAAAUUAAGCCACUGACCUUUGAUGCUUUGAUUAACCUCCAGCUGCUGUUUCUGAAUAACAACCUGCUGCGCUCCCUACCCGACAACAUAUUCGGGGGAACGGCCCUCACCAGGCUGAAUCUGAGAAACAACCAUUUUUCUCACCUGCCUGUGAAAGGGGUUCUGGAUCAGCUUCCGGCCUUUAUCCAGAUAGAUCUGCAAGAGAACCCAUGGGACUGCACCUGUGACAUCAUGGGGCUAAAGGACUGGACGGAACAUGCCAGUUCCCCCGUCAUCAUCAAUGAGGUGACCUGCGAAUCUCCCGCAAAGCACGCGGGGGAGAUCCUGAAGUUUCUGGGGAGGGAAGCCAUCUGUCCCGACGGCCCGAACUUGUCAGACGGAACCGUUUUGUCCAUGAAUCACAACACAGACACUCCUCGGUCGCUUAGUGUGUCUCCCAGUUCCUACCCAGAGCUCCACACUGAAGUUCCACUUUCCGUCCUGAUUUUAGGAUUGCUUGUUGUCUUUAUCCUAUCUGUCUGUUUUGGGGCCGGCUUAUUCGUCUUUGUCCUGAAACGCAGAAAGGGGGUGCCGAGUGUGCCGAGGAGUUCCAACAACCUAGACGUCAGCUCCUUCCAGCUGCAGUAUGGGUCUUACAGUACCGAGGCUCAGGACAAAACAGACGGCCACGUCUAUAACUAUAUCCCCCCGCCCGUGGGGCAGAUGUGCCAGAACCCUAUCUACAUGCAGAAGGAAGGAGACCCGGUAGCCUAUUACCGAAACCUGCAAGACUUCAGCUAUGGCAACCUGGAGGAGAAGAAAGAAGAUUCGGCCCCUCUGGCUUACACGAUAAGUGCCACUGAGCUGCUGGAGAAGCAGGCCACGCCGAGAGAGCCCGAGCUGCUGUAUCAGAACAUCGCUGAGCGAGUCAAGGAACUUCCCAGUGCAGGACUGGUCCACUAUAACUUUUGUACCUUACCGAAAAGGCAGUUUGCCCCUUCGUACGAAUCUCGACGCCAAAACCAGGACAGAAUCAAUAAAACCGUUUUAUACGGAACUCCCAGGAAAUGCUUUGUGGGGCAGUCAAAACCCGACCACCCUUUACUGCGAGCUAAGCCGCAAUCAGAGCCAGACUACCUCGAAGUUCUGGAGAAACAAACUGCAAUCAGUCAGCUGUGAAGGGAAACCAUUUACAACCCUCCGGCUUCCAAGGAUGCUGCUCCAGACUGUUGGAGACACUGCGUUUGCUUUUGUGUGUGUUUGUGUCUUCCCUCUCUCAGCAUCAAUGGGGGACUUUGAAAAUGUUUGGGGGAUGGGGUGAAGCAAUGAUACUGCUUUUCCGAGUUUUCCUUUAAAUUAUUUCUCUCUUGCUCCCCCCACCCCGCCUUCUCUUCCCCUCACCCUCCCUUCUCUCCUUAGGAAUCAUCAGUGAACAUGAAUGUUUCUACAGUGCAUUGUUUCGUAUAUUGUUUAUGGUUUUGUUUCUUUUUCCUUCUUUUAUUUUUCCAGUGUGGGAAUGGGAAGAGGAGAUUAUAAUGAAUGAAGAAAGAGUAAGCAGACUUUUCAUGUAAAAAUGGAUAUUCAGUGUAUUUUGUAGAAGAUCUCCAAAGAUCUUUUGAGACUAUAAAUUCUUUUGUAAAUAAUGAUAUAUGGUAUUUCCGUCUCCAGUUACCAAGUAUAGCCACUAGGCAUCACUUCUUUGUGUUAAAGUGCCUUUGCACUUUAAGUACAUUACUUAAAUGUUGCUUUUAGCUUUGAUAAAUUGAACAUAUUUUAAUGUGUUGUAUUUUUGAAAUUAAAAACACUGUAAAAUAGAUCAAAAUGUCAGCUCUAUUAAGUCAACGUACAGUUUGCUUGAGUUAUAGAAACCAGCCUGUCAUCAAAUGAUUCUAGUUGUAGGACUUUAGAGAUUUAACUGUAAAAUAUUUCCUUUCCUCUGGGUUUGUUCUAAGUGAUUUUAUUUAAGUCAACUAAGGUGAUUUAACAGUGGACUAGAGGUAAGAAACUGCCUCAGUCGGGAUUAGUAAUUCAUUAAUAAAAUAUAUUUAACCCAAUCUCAGAGUGAAUUGAACAAUUAAUGCCCUUCCGUAAAUCAUUUUACACUAACAUGGUCAGUGUUUUAGAUUAUUUUCCUAAUUAAGAGUGCAUUACACAACGUGUAAUAUAUUUUUUCUGCAUUAAAUUAGAUAUUUUUGUAUAUUUCAAUGACAGAGUGUGUAUUUCUAACUUUUUAAUUGAAAUUAGUAUUUUUUCUGCCUACUGAAACAUUUUCUAUAAACACACACCAGUAGAGGCCGCCACACACCUCAUUUAAUAAAGACGUAUGAGCCAUUAAAUACCUUGAAGGAACUCUUCAAAGGUGAGAUUCAAACAUCCCAAGUAACUUCUCUGCAAAUUCAAGGCAGCAGAAACAAAUGUGUGCAUCACUUUCUAUUUCUUUUAGGCUUAAAGAUUAGGCUCCGAAUCCUCAAUUUUCACAUUUUCUGAGAAAGCAGUGUUUUCCUCUUACAUUUAUGGGAGCGUUAGUGGGGUGCUAUCCGAUCAUGUACUAUUUGCAUCUUCAAAUCAAUUAGAAAGUACCUAAACCAAGAAAGGGAACAUCUUUUCUCUUCUGCCUUCUUUAGGCAUGUGGUUAAUUGAAUUUUUCCCAGUCAGCUCCAGCAAGCCUUUCAUUUUGGUCUUAGCGUUAGAAUGAUUUUAACUAACCAAGUCUAUGUAACGUUUAUGAAGCCUUAUUAGCCUGUAAAGAAUUUUUAGAUGCAAACAUUAUUGUGCGAUUUAAACAAACAGCCCUUCUUUACAACAAAAAAUAGUUUUGUUUUGUCUAUUGUAAAUCCUUAUGCAACUGGGACGGUGAUCUGCAUGUAAAGUAGCCCAGCUUUUCAAUUCCUUAUUAAAGCAAUUGAUGGCGUCUGAAAGAAGCACACUGUUUCCUUUUCAUAAAUAGGUUACUGCACAUAAUAAUCCUUUAUUAUCAUGUGGAGAUUG